GCCGCACGCGGGAAGGACACGCUGGAUACACGCGCUGUGCAGGACACAGUGACACGCGCCCGCUGUGACAGAGCUUCCAGUGAGUUGGUGUGGCGCGCGGGUCGGAUUGAUGCGGGACUGGGGCCGCUGCGCGAGGACGGUCUCCACCUGUGCGAAUUAUGUAAAGAUUCUACUGGAAGUAUCUCAGCUCAUAUCAUUUAUCUUGUAGAGGAGGCAGCCAUGAAGUCUGUACUGGAUGGGGUAGCGGACACCACCUUCCGCACCAUAACGUCAGGACUGCAGUAUCUCGGCUCCAACGAUGCCACUUACGAUGACCCCACCGUUGACAUUGACUUCAGCAAGGGCCGCUACCCUUUGCAGAAGCCUCACUCCGCAUUCCGGGGCAACUCCUUCCCAGGAAAGGUUCCCGAGGGCGAGGAGCUCAUUCUCAGGGGUCUCCCCUUCUAUCCAACCAAUGUGACUGACCUGUUCAGCAACAGGAGCAGCUUUGGGGAUGAAGGAGGCUCCGUCCAGUGUGGGGAGAACUUCAUGGACAUGGAGUGCUUCAUGAUUCUGACACCUGGCCAGCAGCUGGCAGUGGCUGUCAUGGCGCUCACCCUGGGCACUUUCACCGUGUUGGAGAACCUGGUGGUGCUUUGCGUGAUCCUGCAGUCGCGCACGUUGCGCUGCCGCCCCUCGUACCACUUCAUUGGCAGCCUGGCUGUGGCCGACCUUCUGGGCAGCGUGAUCUUCGUCUACAGCUUCCUGGACUUUCACGUGCUUCACCGCAAGGACAGCCCCAAUGUUUUCUUGUUCAAGCUUGGUGGCGUCACUGCGUCGUUCACCGCAUCUGUAGGGAGCCUCUUCCUCACAGCUAUUGACCGCUACAUCUCCAUCCACCGGCCGCUGGCGUACAGACGCAUUGUCACUCGAACCAAGGCUGUCAUUGCCUUCUCCAUGAUGUGGGUCAUCUCCAUCAUUAUCGCUGUGCUCCCUCUGCUGGGCUGGAACUGCAAGCGCCUCCGGUCGGUGUGUUCGGACAUCUUCCCGCUCAUCGACGAGAACUACCUGAUGUUCUGGAUAGGGGUGACGAGCGUGCUGCUGCUCUUCAUCAUCUACGCAUACAUGUACAUCCUCUGGAAGGCCCACCACCACGCCGUGCGCAUGAGUCGCAGCUCCCAGAAGAGCAUGGUCAUUUGCUCACCUGAGGGCACCAAGGUUCAGACGACGCGCCCAGACCAGGCUCGCAUGGACAUCCGGCUGGCCAAGACGUUAGUGCUCAUUCUGGUGGUGCUGAUCAUCUGCUGGGGUCCUGUCCUAGCCAUCAUGGUGUACGACCUCUUCUGGAAGAUGGACAACUCCACCAAGACGAUCUUUGCCUUCUGCUCCAUGCUCUGUCUUCUCAACUCCACCGUGAACCCCAUCAUCUAUGCCCUGAGGAGCAGGGACCUGCGGCAGGCCUUCCUCAGUGCCUGCCAGGUUUGCCGGAGCAGCGCCCAGCCGCUGGACAACAGCUUUGAGUCCGACUGCCAGAACAGGAACGCCAGCAUUGCGGCUAACCGGGCGGCGGAGAGCUGUGUGAAGACCACUGUGAAAAUAGCCAAAGUCACCAUGUCCGUCUCUACGGAGACGUCGGGUGAAGCCGUCUGAUGGCCUUCGCCCGACGCUGGCAACUGAACCCGUGACUUGAGAACCCCACCACAACACUGUACCCACCGCUGAACAUUAGUACAUCGCUAAAAAGAAGAGAACAAAUCUACAAGCCGACUGAGCCCAGGCGUCGAGGGCGAAAUGUCACCGGUGUGGAAAGUUCUACGCGGUUAGCUGAAAAAAAAAUAAGGAAACGCCAUUAGUCUCAAUGUGUCAUGUGCUCACGUGCGGCAGUGUGGUGUCUUUGUGCUUUGCCUAAGUGCCAAACUCAUCAAACCUAACGAAGGAGUGACGCAGAAAGACAGAAAAGUUUAUUUCCAGCAUCAGUAAUGUUUGAGGUGUAAUUUACUUCUUUGGCAUUUUCAUCAUGUCAUGUCACCGCACAAUACGGUGGAGGGGUGUUCCAAUUCCUUUCUGGUUACUGUAUUUUUUUUUUUCUUUUUACUGAAAUCAGGUUCUUGAAAUGAUCAUUUUCCUUAUGGGAUAAGGGGCUAUUGACACUUUAACAAGAAAUAUGUUAAUAUUGACAGUUGAGAUGUUAGUGUACACAUACACAUGGGCUGGAUGGACAAAAAAAACAGUUAUUUGUAUAUAAACACUGUACAGUAGUUUGAUGACAUUUGUGGAGAAAUGGACCUGGGACCAUUGUAAGUUGUACGUACAGAUCUGCUGAUAUUGUCACGAUCGAGGUACUUAACCUACACAGGUUCAGCAGAUUUCCAGCUGUAUAAUUGAAUUGUUUGUAAAAUAUAUGAAUUGUCCCUGAAAAGGGCAUCUACUAAGCAAUUAAAUAAUGUGCUAAUUCUAUAGCUUAGUGUGUCCUUAGCAAGAAAAAAUGACAAAGCAUUGAUGUCUAACUUUAAAAAGACUUACAUGUGUGUGAAUAUUUGUCCUCACAAAAAUGAAGCACAGAUAGUUAGCUCUAUUUUUUUAAAUAACAGCGUCGAAAUGUCGCGGGAUCGGAAUUGUGGGUUGAAUCAAUUAACGUGGACAUCGGGUACAUUUAGUCACUGAGAAUGACUGCAUUGUCUGUUGCAUUCCGACAUGUAUACUGAGUAAAUGGAGAAUGUGAUUGCGCAACUGAAACAGCACAUGCGAUGUACCGGAAAAUGAUCGGCCGUGCUUUGCGUCGCCGUCGUCGAGCGUACGGCACCUACGCUGCACGUUUAAAGGAAAUGCCAAGGUAACGCAUUCGAAGCGUGAAGCCUAGGGGAAGGAGCACGUCUGACAUACAAAGCACACUCUAAGUAGAUGUAAUCAAUAAUGUUUCAGGAGGCUCACUGGAUAGACAUUCUAUAAUCCGGUCAGGUCUGCGUCCUCCCUGUUUUCCUAGAAGCUCGGUGCAGUAGAACGGCCGGUACGUGUGGCUGCCACGUGUCGUUCGGGACGUUCGCGUCGGAGCGAUGGCGAUACGGCGCCUUGAGUAGGGCGAGCUGAGCCGUGCGCUCGGUUCAAAGUGCUCUUCUCUCACAGGACACAUGGGGUUCACGAGGGUCCCGACUGUCAAUAAUUUGCGUGCUCCUCUUGUGAUGCCGGGAGCAUCGAGAGCUUUCCGCAGAAGGAGUGAAACAUCAGAGGAAGCUCGUUUAUUGCGGCUGGUGCUUUUAUAGCAUCUUAAUUUAUUUCACGUACAAAACAAUAUGGGUAUUUCUACGCGUUCCUGUCAUAUGACGGGGCGACGUGUCAGCUGCAAAAAGCGCAUAACGUUUAAACGAGUUGCUAAUAACAUGGAACUGAAACCUGCGGCCUUAUUUCACACGUACGGAAUUAAGGCUAAUCGGACCAACAGUCUUCAAAAUGCAUCCCUCCCAAGGAAAGUGAUACAAGAGUCGCAAGAAAAUUUUCAAAAAUGUACGUUGUAUCUUGUAAUCAUGUUGUGAAUUUACAGCAUGGAUUCUUAAUGUUUUUUGCCCUCACACCUCACCUGAUGGUGAACUUAACGUUUACUCUUUCUGUCCUUAAUCUAGUUAACCAAUGAAUGAAUUGCGACAGAUGUUCCGGGAAACGGCGUACACCCGCCCCCCCCCUUUGCGCCUCCCUGGGGAGACACACCCCGCAGAUUAAGAACCCCUGAUUUACAGAAAAGUGACUCAGUGAAAGUGUCCUGUUACGUUACCCCUGUGCGUGACGUUUUCUCCCUAUUUCAAGGCUUGUGACUGAGCAGUUUCAGCCGUUAGGGCAAAACCCUGGAGUUUUCAUUGCCUUCUACUGUGAGCGCACAUCAGUGUUGUAAAAUACUAUAUAUACUGUAGUGGAAUACAGGUGUACAGUACUGUAUAUAAUAUAUUUCUCAGAAGUGACUUAAAACUCCCUGGUCCAUGACACAGAUGAGCCUCAGUUGACAUUACACGGUUCUGCUUGAGACGUGGUCACAUUUCAAACCCACCACACAUGUGGGUAAUGAUAAAAUCGUAAAGUUCGCAUUGUCUGGUGGUGUGCUGGCCACACCGUACUAAUUCAUAAACCCCCACAUAUCGAGAAGACUUCCUUGUUUUUGUCUGUGACAAUUCACUUUCUUACAUCUGAACAAUUGACUUUUUUAUUUUAUGUGUUGUUAAUGGUUAUAGAUGUAGACGCUUGUCACUUAUUGAGUAUUGUAAAGGUUCAUUGUGCUGUCUAGAAAGAAGUAAAGCUUCCUAGAGGCUAGCUUUCAAGACUGGAUUAGGUGGUAAACUCAGAAAUAGAUGUGAAAGAAUGAAUGAAUGAAUGAAUAAGCAAGCAAGUAAGCAGAAAGCCUCGAGUCUAACAGAACAGUGCAUUAGUUGACCAGUCUGCGUUUUUGUGAGCUGUACUGUAAUUUGCAUAAACUGUUAAAAGAGUUUUGAGCAGAUUUUACAAAAAUUUGACUGAAAAGUCAUAAGACACAUGCUCAUACACGUUUAUAUUAUAGGGAAGUUUGGAAUUAGUUCGGUUAGCUCUGUUAACUGUAGUCAUUUAGCUCCACGUGAAACUGUUUUGAAAGCCGUUUUCCAGUUUGCAUCAUUCUCUGUCCUGGCAUUGUUUAGUGCUGGAGAUCAGCUCUGAAUCGUCAAGUGGCUUCUGUACCAAGGCUGCAUGUGAGGAGUCUGUCUAAAAAAAAAAAAAAAAAUGAAAUAACUUUUAAAAAUAGAUCUGUCCAAAGCCAUUGGGCAGUUGUGUUUGACGUGCUGCAGUGUAACCUGUUAUUAAGCCAUUGAAUAAAGUCACAGCUGGCGAACGUGGAAGCUGUCGUGAUUGCUUGAGUCGGGAGACGGUGUUACGGAGCGUCAGGCCACACCGCCAUUAAGACGAAACGGUGCAAAGAAGGCCAUCCAGGCCACGCACACGCUUUCUGGAUGGCAGGAGGUCGAACGAAAAAUGCAUAUGCUCUGGAUGUCUGCAAAAAGUGUGCCAUUUCCAUUGACUUCUUAAAAAGGAACGCUCAGUCCUGCUAGACACAAAAGCCUCUCCACGCGAGUCAGGAGAGUUGAAUCGCAUCCCAGCGUCUGAAGCGCGGAAAGCGAC